ACAUCACAUCUCCGGUGCGCGGCCGGGAUUGGACGGCUCCUCCGCCGCCGGGGGCCCCGCUUGAACACGGAGCUCCGCUCGCUCAUUGGUUAGACACGUGUCUGGGGCGUUUCACACUGGGACUUGCCCGGUUGUGUCCGGGUAAGAUGGCGUUGGAAGAGCAGUGCUCGGCACCACCUCAGUGGCGGUCCAUAUCCCUGACACACGUCGAGUUCGCCGAGGGUGAUCUGGCGGGACACGUGCUGGCCUACAUCAGUCUCCUGCCCAUAGCAAUCCUUGUGGGUUUUGUCACACUUAUAGUGUUUAAACGGGAGCUGCACACGAUUUCCUUCUUCGGAGGGCUCCUCCUGAACGAAGGGGUGAACUGGCUCCUCAAGCACAUUCUCAGAGAGCCGCGCCCAUGUGCAGGGUCUCACACAAACCUGCAGACAGAUUAUGGGAUGCCCUCCAGUCAUUCCCAGCUCAUCUGGUUCUUCGUUGUUUACUUCUUUCUUUUCCUUUAUUUAAGAAUGCAUCAAACGAACAACGCUCGAUGUGUGGACCUGCUGUGGAGACACAUACUGUCCAUCAUCCUGUUGGGCAUAGCCUUAUCAGUCUCAUACAGCAGGGUCUACCUGUUGUAUCACACCUGGAGCCAGGUUGUCUACGGCGCACUAGCCGGUUGUACGAUUGGCAUAGUCUGGUUCUUUUUCACACAGGAGGUGCUGACACCAUUAUUCCCCAAAAUAGCAGCGUGGCCAAUAUCAGAGUACUUCCUGGUGCGAGACACAAGCCUGAUCCCCAACAUCUUAUGGUUUGAGUAUACAGUGACCAGAUCAGAGGCGAGGAACAGACAACGAAAACUUGGAACAAAACUUCAGUGAUCUGCAGUUUUUUUUUUGUGAAACUGAGUUUAGGACCACACAUGUAUACACAGACACAUUACACACACACACAAACAAAUGCUCACUCGACAAAAACACACUGGAGAACCAUCUUUUUUUGGACUGACGUGGUUGCAAGGAGUAAAGGGCAAAAAAAAAAAAAAAAAAACGUUUACAGGUGGCGAAUGAGUGCCUGGACCCGGCCCGGAGCCUACAGCCUGAGCAAGUCCGUCGACACGCCUCUCCUUCUUGUACAGCUUGCCCAAAAAAAUGCUCUUCAAUGCAUGCAAGACUGUGCAAGAGGCAUACUAUUUAAUGAUAGAUUAAUAUAUAUAUUUUAACUAUAAACGCACGCUGACAGUAACAGUGUACUGUAAGAGAGAGUCAAGGAGCCUAAACAAAAAAUUUAAAAAAAGGAGGGCUUUGGUCACGUUUCAAACACAGCGGUGGGCGUCAUUGCAGCAUGUAUUUAGUGAUUUUUUUUUCUUUUUUUUUAUAUUCUGAUGGAUAGCUGGUGGGAACGGGUGGGACGGGGGGUUGGUUAUGGUUAGGUUUUCCAUUUUUCAUUGUUAUAAUAAUAGAAAAAGAACAAUUUCUAAAAAAAACAAACAAAAAAAUUGGUUAUGAUGUAAUAUAAAUGAAAUUUGCACUUUGUGAAAUUUACAAGUAUAAAAAAACAACAAAAAAACAAACAAACGACUAACACUAGUUAAAUGUUAAGACUCUUCCCCCUCUUUCCCCUCAUCGGUCUUCGCUUUGUAUCUAUGACUGUCAGUCCUUUAAUAUAUUAGACUCCAAAGCUGAUCUGCGAGCGGUGUAAAUCUAACGUACCUCCUCUACUAUCGAGCAUCGAGGUUGUGUUUUCUGUUCAUAUCCACGUCCGAGGAUUAUGAGACUGAAUCACAAGUUUCAGUUCUUUUUUUCUUUUGUUGUUGUUGUUGAUGAACACACUUUGAACUGAGGUGGUGUUUUCUUAAUGCCUCACACAUAUACACACACACACACACACA